AUGACAACAAAAUUAUAUCCUUAUCAAGAGAAUGUAGUCGAUAGAAUAGAAGAAAAAUUCAACCAGCAUGUGGAAAAAAUUCUUAAACAAGAAAUUUCUGCUGAAACUCCUUCUGUUUGUUUCUUAAAGUCAAUUACAGGAAGUGGCAAGACUGCGAUGUUAACUGCUACUGCUGAACGACUGCUUAAAAAAAAAGUUUAUCCUCUUUCCCAAUUACGCUCUACUUUGCCAACCACUGAUGGUCACAUUAUUUAUUUAGCUACUACUAGCACUUUUAAUAUUAACGUUAAAAAUAAAGAAGAUUAUCGUUUGAUUUAUGACAAAGGAGAAGAUGAAGGAGGGGUUUCAGGUCAUCAUUUUACUUCUCAGCAAGUGGACAUGCUAUUAGAAUUAGAGCCAGAAGGGAUAAUUUUAGCUUCUGGAACUCCAACUUAUGCUGGAAGAUUGGGAGGUUUAAUUGAACAGGCUAAAAUAGAAAUGGAAGAUUUAGUAGUGUCGGUUCCUACUUCAAAGGUGGUUAAUGAAGGAUUGAUUAAAACUAAACUACUGUCCUUUGGUUACGAUGAGACCUCAAUGGAAGGAAUAAUUAACAGUUUAGUAGAAGAUUUAAAUAAACUAAAUAAAUUAGCUAAAAAGAAAGGUUUACCAAACUUAAAAGCCAUUUAUGUUUGCAAGACUAAUCUUCUAGAAACUGAAUCUAGGCAAAAAGACAACCUAGAUUUACCUUUUGAACAGCGAAAAUCGCCCCCUAUUUUAAUCUGA